AUGUUCUUCUCGACGAUCUCGACGAUCUCGAUGAUGUUCAAACAACACCUUCCAUACGAACUCCAAGACUACUUGUAUAAGUAUGUUUUGAAGAUAUUCAGUUUGGUCUGGAAUACGGUUCACAUCAAAUUCUAUGAAGACACAGGAGAUGGUCUCAAGAAAAGCAAUGCCUAUGAUAACAUACAAAACUACUUAUCCUCGAAAUCCACGGCUCUUGCUAAGAGAUUAAGGGCCAGCGAAUCGGGAAACGGCAAAUCAUUGGUGUUUGGUCUGGACGAUCACGAGGACGUUAGAGAUGUGUUCAGUGGUGUGGAGGUGAACUGA